AAUUACUUGCCGCCGCAUUGCAACGAAAGUAUUCGCAUUCUCGCAAAAUUGAACUACCUAGAUUGGAUAUCCCAAAAACGCAAAAAAAAACAACAACACAAAAUUACAAAUGUUGCAUCUUAUUUGGAUUAUAUUGAGGUGGUUCCUAUUUUGUUUAGUAACCAAUGUUUCCCUAACAAAGGCGGUUACUAUGGAACAAUUUGAACAGAGCUUGGAUAUGAUGCGUAAUGGUUGUACUCCGAAAUUUAAAAUCCCUGUUGAAAAAUUAGAUUUGUUGCGUGUGGGAAACUAUGAAGAAGUGGAAAAUGUAGCGGAUAUCAAAUGUUACACAAAAUGCGUCGCCCAGUUGGCGGGUACGGUAACCAGGAAAGGUGAUUUUAGUAUACAGAAGGCUUUAGCACAAGUACCAAUUAUUUUACCCAAAGAACUACAGGAUGAUGCUACAGCUGCUCUCUCCAAUUGCAAGGAUGCACAAAAGGAUUACAAGGAUUCAUGCGAUCGUGUUUUCUAUACAACCAAAUGUGUAAGGGAUUUUAAGCCAGAAGUAUUUAAAUUUCCAUAAUAGAAAUUUAAUAAUAAAAAUAAAAUUGUAAAAGUAAAACAAAUUACCAAUUAAAUAACUAACUAUGCAAAUGUGUAUGAGGGUGGAAGUGAUGACAAUAA